AUGUCCAGUGUGUUUAUAAGAAGUCAACAGAAAAACAAGAUGGCGGGCCAUAUUCUGAUACACCUACUGAAAUGAACUGUAAUGCCAAGACUUCAACUUGCAUAAUUGAAUAUGACUAUGAUGAAACUUUGGAAAUCAAGGAAGGAAUAAUCAAAGGUCAAGAGACUACAGGUCAAAAAUGUAAUGUAACAUAUGAGUCGAACUUUUUUACCAUAUAUAUAAAAGAAAAUGAUAAUAUGACUGCUAAAGAAAAAUUGGGGAUCCAAGAAAUGAUGCUCAUUCAAGAAUCAAGCCAGACAACGGGGCAAAAAUACAAAUGCGAAAAGUGUGCGCGAAGCUAUAUACAGAAAAAGCAUUUAAAUCGUCAUGAAAAAUUCGAAUGUGGCGUCAUACCACGGUUCCGCUGUACGUUUUGCGCUAAACUAUUUAAACGGAAAUAUGACCUUAAUAAUCAUGUUGACCGCAUGCACCAGACAUCAAACCUAAAAAAGCCGAUUUUGAGGCAUAAUUGCAAUCAAUGUUCUCAAAGUUACACUAAACUAGCAGCUUUAGGUCGACAUAAACGUUCAGUUCAUGCAGCAGUCCAACCACAAUUUUUUUGUGACUUUUGUGGCUUUAAAAUGAAUCGAAAAAGUAAUUUAGCAGCACACAUUGCUAAACGCCAUUUCAAAUAAUUCAGCACGCAAAACUUUAGUCACUGCAUAAUACUCAAUUUUGCUUUUUGAGCUUUCCAAAACUUUAAAUUUACUCUCCAUUAAUAUUAACAUAAAUAAUUUUUGUAUGCGUUCGUAUAAGAAGUUUUACUUUGGCCCGUGUGGAAAUAUGUCCUGAAAGUCUGGUUAUAUGUCUGGUAUAGGUCUGAAUGUAUCUAGACUGUCUAAUCUGAAAAAUCUGAUCUGGUCCAGGUCUGACCUAAUCUAGAACGUCUAGUCUGAAAGGUCUGGUCUGCCCCAGGAGUGUCGCUGAUCAACUAGCUAAGAAAUAAAAAAAAGUUUUAAAUUCGAUCAGCAAAAAUAAAAUAAAAAAUGCACUUUAUAAAAACAAGACUUUAUUUUCUUAUUACUAUGACAGACUAGUCUGACUGUGGUUUGGCUCUGGUCAGCUAGACAAGAAAAAAAAACCUAAUUUCAAUCAGUUCAUUUUUUUGACAUAUUUCGAAAUAGUUGCAGCGUGUCUUAACUAAUAGAAAAUAAUAAAUUCAUAUUAUCAAAAAAAAAGACUUUUUUUCUGUUCACCUUGAAAGUCUGGUCUCCUCC